AUGAAAUUUGAGAGACGGACUUCUAUACAUGAUCUGGACAGGCUAAGCCUCCAGGUGGAUAAACCCAGCUGGCAAGGACCACCAUUCAAUGCCAUUUAUGCUGGUAUUGCGACUCAUUUUCAUGUGUUUUCUUCUGGAGCAUCCUUUGCCAUUGCCGUCCGCGAUAGCUCAUAUUUACUCGACUUUGCACAGUAUGACUUCCGCUCGGGCAAUCGGUACCAGGGUUGGUCGGAAUUUUCAAAUUUCAUCCUGGCCAAGUUGAGAGAGUACCAGGAAAAGCACUGCGAGAAGUUCAUCGGCUUGGCGAUGCAGGCGGAAUUAGCUGAGAAAUGUCCCGAGCUCUGUUCCCGGCUUUGGCUUGAGCUCGAUAUCAUCCCCAUCGUACUUCGCAAAGCGGAGGAAAAUGUGAGUUGGGGCUUGUACGAGCAAGACAUCUCGUAUAAGUCAUUGGAUGAACAGGCUGAGUCAAUCGCAAGAAAAUGCAUUAGGUUUUUCGGUCCCAGUAAGGCUCCUAUACCCGAGAUAGGGCUUCGAGGCCUCGUCGAGGUUGAUGCCGCAUUCCAUGUGAAACUCACCAGGCUUGCCGAUUAUGAGAAAACCGUCGGACCCCCAACGUGGACGGCCGUCAAUAAGUAUGCCAGUGAUCUGAAACAACGCAGAGUGAAAAUAGCAUUCUUCAGUGCGACUCCGCAAGGCGGUGGUGUUGCGCUCAUGCGCCAUGCAAUGGUUAGGUUUGCGAAAGCAAUUGGAGUUGAUAUUAGGUGGUAUGUUCCGAAACCGAGACAUGGGAUCUUCCGCGUCACCAAGAACAAUCACAACAUCCUGCAAGGUGUAGCCCCUCCUGGGACACGAUUCACCAAGGAGGACAGAGAUGCCCUUUCUGCUUGGGUGCUCGAAAACGCAAAACGAUAUUGGCUUAGAGCAGAAGGAACUCAGGCCUCUGCAUUGCUCGAUAAGUUUGGCCCACAAGUCUACCCCUGGCUUACAAGGUACGGCCCGCCUCCUCCCUCCUGGUUCCAGAAGAAUGGCCCUUUGGUUCCGCCGUGGGAGGGCGGCGCAGAUGUGGUCAUCAUUGAUGACCCGCAGCUGCCGUUCUUGAUUCCCCUGAUCAAACAACAGACUCCGGAUCGGCCAGUCAUCUUUCGUAGUCACAUACAGAUCAGAAGUGAUCUGACUGACACUCCCGGGACUCCCCAGGCUGAGGCAUGGGGGUUGUUGUGGGAGGCGAUCAAGCAGGCGGAUCUGUUCAUUAGUCACCCCGUUCGUGCAUUUGUUCCAAAGGAUGUCCCUCAAGAAAAGCUGGGAUAUCUUCCGGCAUCGACAGACUGGCUGGAUGGUUUGAACAAACCAAUGACAGACUGGACUGCCAGUUGCUAUGGGCGGGUCUUUAACUCCAAGUGUCGAGAGCAGUAUAUGACAAACAUUGCAUUCCCAGAUGAGGAAUAUAUCGUCCAGGUUGCUAGGUUUGAUCCUUCGAAAGGGAUCCAAGAUGUCCUAAUCUCAUACGGGGCAUUCCACCGGCUACUUGUGGAUUCCCGUCCAGACUUGAGGCCACCCAAACUACUCAUCUGUGGACACGGAUCAGUGGAUGACCCAGACGGUUCAUUAGUCUGGGAUAACACCUUGGAUUUCAUCGAGCAGCAUUUGAAGCAUUUGCAGUCACUCAUCUGUGUCAUGCGCAUUGGCCCUAAUGACCAGAUGCUUCAUACCCUCCUGUCCAGAGCAAAGAUCGCCCUCCAGCUCUCUACUCGUGAGGGGUUCGAAGUCAAGGUCUCAGAGGCACUCCACCUAGGCAAACCAGUAAUUGGGACACGAGCUGGUGGGAUUCCACUGCAGAUCCAACAUGGAAAAAAUGGCUUCCUGGUGGACGUUGGUGAUACCGAUGCGGUAGCGGAACAUUUGUUUGAGCUCUGGACAGAUCGAGAGUUGUUUGACCGUAUGAGCAGCUACGCAGCCAAGAGCGUGAGUGAUGAAGUAAGUACGGUGGGUAAUACCUUAUCAUGGCUAUACUUAGCCUCGAAGCUAUCGAAGGGUGAKAAAAUUCAACCCAACGGGCGCUGGAUAAACGACAUGGCCCGUGAAGAAGCAAAUGAGCCAUACCAACCAAAGGAGAAUAGGCUCAAGCGGGGAUUGACAACGUAG